AACUUAAAUAAAUUGAAUCAAGAGCCUUACUGUCCACCACGUAACAAUACCUAUAAUAAUUUCAAAGGUGUCACACCAUAUAUCAAUGCUCUUAAAAACACUCCUCCUAAGAAUGAUGACAAAUAA